AUGGGAGGAGAGAAAAGGGAAAAGAGUGGGUUGCGAUGGGAUAGGUUAGGGAAAGAGGUUCUUGAGUUUCUCCUAACGACAGGCGAAAUGCAACUCAAAGAAUUAAUCAAACACGAUAAUCGGAGCACGGAUAGGGACGAUCCGGCAAUUCUCCUCAAGACGGGUGAUUAUCUUACAGUCGACAAAGACACCUCGAUUCCAACUAAUGAUUUGGUGAUGAACGAGGUGGAUAUGUGGAACUACGUUGUUUCGUGGUGUAAAGUACAAAUAAACAAGACUUUCGGCCGAUCCGAGCAAAUGGGUAGACGAAGACUUUCAAGUUUUGAAAUCACAUCAAAGCGAUGGUAA